AAAAGGAAAUGGAAUUAAAACAACGCCACCAGUAGAGUUCUGCUCUGUCACAACUCUUUCUCUCCCGUACCAAUAAUGUAUCUUUUUUUUUUUAUUUAUAACCGAAAUUCUUCUCUUCCCUUAACACCAUUACUCCUCUGUCUCUCUCUUUAGUUCUCUUCGCUUCAGCCUAAGCUCCAACAACCCCAAAACGCCGUGCCUCGUGACGCUAUGUUAGAGAAUGGGCCACGGGACCAAACUCAAAACCAAGACCAAGACCAAGACCAAGACCAUGACCAUGACCAUGACCAUGACCAUGACCAUGAGUCUUUCACCAUUCCUUUACUCUCUCACCAACAGCGAUCCUUUAAUUCCACCUCUCAGGUGGCCAUCGUCGGCGCCAAUCUCUGCCCUAUCGAAAGCCUUGACUACGAGAUUGCGGAGAAUGAUUUCUUUAAACAAGACUGGAGGACACGUGGCAUGAUCCAGAAUUUUCAAUAUAUUUUCAUGAAAUGGCUUCUCUGUUUUUUGAUUGGCGUUCUCGUCAGUCUCGUUGGUUUCUGUAAUAAUCUUGCCGUUGAGAAUAUCGCCGGCGUUAAGUUCGUUAUUACUUCUAACAUGAUGUUCGCUGGAAGGUACGGGAUGGCAUUUCUAGUGUUUUCCCUAUCGAAUUUGGUUCUAACUCUACUUGCCGCCUUCAUUACGGCGUUUAUUGCGCCGGCGGCGGCUGGUUCUGGUAUACCGGAAGUGAAGGCUUACUUGAAUGGUGUAGAUGCUCCGGGAAUAUUUUCACUACGAACUUUAAUUGUUAAGAUUGUGGGAAGCAUUUCUGCAGUGUCUUCAUCUCUGCUUGUUGGAAAGGCAGGGCCUAUGGUGCAUACAGGUGCAUGCGUUGCGUCGUUGUUGGGACAGGGUGGGUCAAGAAGAUAUGGUUUAACAUGGAAGUGGCUUCGUUUCUUUAAGAAUGACAGAGACCGAAGAGAUCUUGUGACGUGUGGAUCGGCAGCUGGAAUUGCUGCUGCUUUCCGUGCCCCAGUUGGAGGUGUGCUGUUUGCUCUUGAAGAAAUGGCAUCUUGGUGGAGAAGUGCCCUUCUUUGGAGAGCUUUCUUUACGACAGCUGUGGUUGCAAUUGUACUUCGAGCUUUAAUUGAUGUUUGUUUAAGUGGCAAGUGUGGGCUAUUUGGUAAAGGGGGUUUGAUAAUGUUUGAUGUCUAUUCAGCAAAUGCUUCAUAUCACAUAGCUGAUGUGCCUCCUGUACUUGUUCUCGGAGUUAUUGGGGGCAUAUUGGGAAGUUUGUAUAAUUUCCUUCUAGAUAGGAUUCUCCGAGUUUACAACCUCAUUAAUGAGAAAGGCAGUGCUUAUAAAAUUUUUAUUGCUUGCACAAUCUCCAUUUUUACAUCCUGUCUGCUUUUUGGAUUACCAUGGUUUGCAUCUUGCCAACCAUGCCCUUUGCAUGCAAGUGAAGCCUGUCCCACAAUAGGUAGAUCUGGUAACUACAAGAAAUUUCAAUGCCCUCCUGGUCAUUACAAUGAUCUUGCAAGCCUCAUUUUCAACACAAAUGAUGAUGCUAUCAGAAAUCUUUUCAGCAUGAAUACUGACUCCGAGUUUCAGCACUCAACAAUGCUCAUAUUUUUUGUCACUUGCUUCAUUCUAAGUAUUGUUAGCUAUGGGAUUGUUGCUCCAGCAGGUCUUUUUGUACCUGUCAUAGUUACUGGAGCAUCUUAUGGGCGCUUUGUUGGAAUGUUACUUGGUUCUCACACAAAUCUUAAUCACGGUCUUUAUGCUGUGCUUGGUGCGGCUUCAUUUCUUGGUGGGUCUAUGAGGAUGACAGUCUCCUUGUGUGUCAUGAUCCUGGAAUUGACCAAUAACCUAUUAUUGUUGCCAUUGAUAAUGAUGGUUCUCCUUAUUUCCAAGACUGUAGCUGAUGCUUUUAACAGCGGCAUUUAUGACCUUAUUAUGAAAGCAAAGGGUUUUCCUUACCUAGAAGCUCAUGCUGAACCUUAUAUGAGACAGCUGACAGUUGCUGAUGUUGUCUCUGGUCCACUUCAGCUCUUUCAUGGAAUUGAGAAGGUCAGUAAUAUAGUACACAUCCUCAAAACCACAAGGCAUCAUGGAUUUCCAGUUAUUGAUGAGCCUCCUCAUUCUGAAUCCCCAAUUUUGUGUGGUUUAAUCCUCCGUGCUCAUCUAAUUGCUCUGUUAAAGAAGAGAGCCUUUUUGUGCGCCCCUAUGCGGAUAGGUGUUGAUGCUUUUAGGCAUUUCUCAUCAGAUGAUUUUGCAAAGAAGGGCUUAGGUAAUGUUGUCAAGAUAGAAGACAUAGAAUUAACUGAUGAUGAGAUGGAGAUGUUCUUGGACUUGCACCCUUUUACCAAUGCUUCACCUUAUACAGUUGUGGAGACAAUGUCACUACCUAAGGCUCUCAUACUUUUCCGUGAAAUUGGUUUACGGCACCUACUUGUCAUCCCCAAGAUCUCCAAGAGAGCACCUGUAGUGGGCAUAUUAACAAGGCACGAUUUCAUGCCGGAACACAUACUAGGUUUGCACCCCUUUUUGAUAAGGAGUAGGUGGAAAAGAUUAAGGUUUCAAUUGCCCCGUUCUCUGAAAUUAUUUUAGGGGAUUUCAUUCAGUUAUUAUUCUAGAUGGGGGCUUACCCUUGAAAAUAAAUUUGUAAAUGCUCUUGUGCUCUUAUAAUUAAACUGCACAAAGUUGUAGGAUCAUUCUAGCCCAUAGUUGUUCAACAGCCUCAUUCAGCCUGCAGGCUAAGAUAAAACCCUUGGGGGGGAGGGGGGAAUCACAUCGUACUCUUCCAAUCUGUGUUUUACAUUAACAGUAGAAGUUGCAUUGAGGCAAAGUCAGGAUCUCUCAGCCUUCACAAUUUUUGCUCUGGUGAAAUCUCUUGUAUGCAAGUUCAUGCAUUAAUAAAUUACUAGCGCCCUUCCGAGAAUGCUUUCAAAAUUACCUUGUUCUUGAAGGGUUGAUCAGAUAUAUAUAGCAAUGGUUUUAGGCAUUUAGCUACAAACUGAAGCGCUUGCUUUUAUAAUCUAUGGAGCUAUUAAUAAAGUACUGAAUUGUUUUUUGACAA